AUGGGAGCCUGAGCUGAAGCGAUGGCACUGGGAAACUUCUCCCGGGUGACUGAAUUCAUCCUCCUGGGGCUUUCCGAUACAAGGGAGCUGCAAGUCCUCUUCUUCACCUUCUUCUUCCUGGCCUAUGCCAUGGUUCUGCUGGGGAACCUUCUCAUCAUUGUGACAGUCAGGACUGACCCCAAGCUGUCCUCACCCAUGUACUUUCUCCUCUGCAAUUUGUCCUUCAUAGAUAUCUGCUGCACCUCUGUCACCUCUCCCAGGAUGCUGGUGGACCUGCUCUCCCAGAGGAAGGCCAUUGCGUUUGAAGACUGUAUAGCCCAGCUGUUUUUUCUGCACUUUGUUGGGGCAUCAGAGAUGUUCCUCCUGACUGUGAUGGCAUACGACCGCUACGCUGCCAUCUGCAAGCCCCUGCACUACACAGCCAUCAUGAGCCGGCAAGUCUGCUGGGUCCUGGUGUCUGCCUGCUGGGCAGGAGGCUUCCUCCACUCCAUUGUCCAGACGCUCCUCACAAUCCAGCUCCCCUUCUGUGGCCCUAACACAAUCGACAACUACUUCUGUGACGUGCCGCCUGUCAUUCGGCUUGCCUGCACAGACAUCUAUGUCACUGAGUGGCUCAUGGCUUCCAACAGCGGCUUAAUAUCCCUGGUUUGCUUCCUGGUGCUGGUCACAUCUUACACGUUCAUCCUGGUCACAAUCAGGGUCCGCUUCACUGAGGGGCACUGGAAGGCGCUCUCCACCUGUGCCUCACAUGUGAUGGUCGUCACCCUCUUCUUUGUACCUUGCAUCUUCAUCUACCUCCGUCCCUUUUCUGCCUUCCCCUCCGACAAGCACAUCUGUGUGAUCUACACUGUCUUCUCGCCGGUGAUGAACCCCCUCAUCUAUACCCUGAGGAAUAACGAGGUGAAGGCGCCCAUGUGGAAAUUGUGGCAGCGCUGCAGACUCUUCUGA